AUGGCCGGCGACGACGAUGAGGAUGACUACCUCAACAUGACCUUUGAGGAGCCUCGGCCUGCAAAGGAGACACCUCUGCAACGCACGGUACGUCUGAAGAGAGAAUCGGCUGCUCGUGGUAAAGUCCUCUCCAAGGCAGAGCGGGAGGAGCAGGCAAGGGAAGCACGUGAAAAGGCACUGGCCACGGAAAUCGACAGCUCCAACAAGGGUGCGAUGAUGAUGGCCAAGAUGGGCUUCAAGGGCGGUGCUCUGGGAAAAACCGAGGGCGCUCGAACACAGCCGAUAGCGGUCGUGGUGAAGGAUGAUCGAGGUGGUAUCGGUAUGGAGRGUGAUAAGAAGCGCAAGUUCCGCGAGGCCGCUGAGGAGCUGGAAGGCAAGGAGAAGAAGGUGAAGCUCACUGCCGAAGAAUAUCGAGAACGGAAUCGUCAAGAGGCUGAAGAACGACGACGGGAGGGAUGCAUGUGGUCUGCUAUGAAGGURUUGGAGGGUUUCGAUACAGGUGAGAUCCCGGGAGAGGGCAAAGACGAAGGCGAGAAAGUGGAAGGAAAAGGGAAGAAAGUUGACAGCAAGCACGUGCCUCUGCGGUCGGUGAAUGUGCUCUGGCGACCGCUUCUCAAGCAGCGGCUGGAGAAAGAGCGCGAGCGUCGGAUGCGAUAUGAUCUGGAACAAAGCCGAUCCCGCAGUCGCCAAUACGAUGACCCGGAAGAAGAAAAGGACGAUCACCUUGCUUUUGGUACGGAAGUUGUCGAGGACUUGGAGGAUGAGGACAAGGAGUUGGAGGAGUAUGAGGCGCUGGGCGUUGGGGAGCGGCUUGAGAAGCUGCUCUCGCAUCUUCGAGAAAAGUAUCAGUAUUGCUUUUGGUGCAAGUAUCGAUACCCGGACGAGGCUAUGGAUGGCUGUCCUGGGACGAGCGAGGAUGAGCAUGGUUAG